GCCCUCGCGCCCAGAUCUGGGUGAGCAUUUGAAUAUAUCUUCAUGUUUGUGAAGCUGAUUCUUGGCGGAGCCCGAUGGAGCCAGCUCCAGAACCUGCCGUCUCUUCAGUGCCAAAGUGGAAGCUCGAUUGCCGGUGUAAGAGCUCAGGUUGCCACUGUUGAAAAAGUGAGCACAGAAGGUGCUCAAAGUGUUGAAUCGCCUGUCGUGAUAGUUACCGGAGCCUCCAGGGGUACUGGUAAAGCCAUGGCAUUAUCACUGGGUAAAUCAGGUUGCAAGGAAGGUACGGAAAGCCAGAAGAAGUUGCUGGACUGGUGGAAUUUCUUGCCAUCAACCUUGCAGCCAGCUACAUUACGGGACAGGUCUUCGCGAUAGAUGGUGGAAUGGUCAUGUAGAGAAUGAUACCUGCUUGGUUGAAGCCUGAAUAGAACUUCCAAUUGCAGAGCUUAGCCUGCGCAGUAGGGAUUCACAAGUGACCGGUGGUAUGACAUUAGAGCCUAUGUUGAAAACCUAUUUUGCUUAGGAUGGACAAUUAAGAGGUUUUUGAGGCAAGUUUUGAGAUUGUUAGCUGCAAUUGAUCACACACAAUCGUCCUUAUGUUUGACAUACUUGUUCAUGAAAUACCAUCGUAUGAUCAUUAUUGGCUCGAUCAGGAAAUUAUGAUUUGCAGUGUUGAAUUCACUA